CUGCACUGGUCCUUGCUCGUGCUCGUGCUCGUGCUCUUGCGCGCUCCAAAUCGUACCAGCACGAGUGCUAACUCCCUGUCCUGGCCAUCUUGGUGCACUUUUGUACUCAAUCGGCGUCACCCUGCAUAAUCUCCAUCUAUCCACUCUGCGCAGCUGCAAAAAAGUUUGCUGACCUCUACCGUCUACAGCUACCUCUCCCCCAACUCGCGUGCUACUUAAUACUUCUACCUUCCCCCUCUCCUCACAGUCUUCAAUCUCUAUUGGGUGGACACAUCUUGGGGUCUUCACCAUACUUCAAUUUCAUCGUCGUAUUGCUUCCAUCCUUCAUAACUUCUCCAUUAUUCCCCAUCCCGCGCGAACAUGGCACCCACUACCACCGAACUCCCCAAGGAUGCCUCCUACGAUUUCGUCAUCGUAGGCGGAGGUACUGCCGGCUGCGUGAUUGCUUCUCGGCUCUCCGAGUAUCUCCCCAAUAAAUCCGUACUCUUAAUUGAGGCCGGGCCCAGCGACUUCAAGGAUGAUCGCGUCCUCCUCCUCAAGGACUGGUUGAACUUGCUCGGCGGCGAGCUCGACUACGACUAUCCCACCACAGAGCAGCCAAACGGCAACUCCCACAUCCGUCACUCUCGUGCUAAAGUGCUCGGUGGCUGCUCAUCUCACAACACCCUCAUUUCCUUCCGACCUUUCGAGUACGACCUCAAGAGAUGGGAGCAGCAAGGUUGCAAAGGCUGGAACUUUAAGACCAUGACCCGCGUUCUUGACAACCUCCGUAACUCUGUCCAGCCCGUCCACCCAAGGCACCGCAACCAGCUCUGCCUCGACUGGAUCAACUCCUGCUCAUCUGCUAUGAACAUUCCCGUGAUUCACGAUUUCAACCAUGAGAUCAGGAACAAGGGAGGUCUUGAGCCAUCUGUUGGCUUCUUCUCCGUCUCCUACAACCCAGACAACGGCCACCGUAGCAGCGCCAGUGUAGCAUAUAUCCACCCCAUCCUUCGCGGCGACGAGAACAGGAAGAAUUUGACUGUCCUCACCAACGCCUGGGUUAGCAAGGUCAAUGUCAAGGGCAAUAAGGUCACUGGUGUCAACGUCACUUUCCAGAAUGGCGAGAAGCGCACCCUGAACCCCAAGGCCGAGACUAUCCUCUGCGCCGGCGCAGUUGACACCCCCCGCCUGUUGCUUCUUUCGGGCCUUGGACCUAAGGAGCAGCUCACCAGCCUCAACAUCCCCGUCGUCAAGGACAUCCCUGGUGUUGGAGAGAACUUGCUGGAUCACCCCGAGAGUAUAAUUCUCUGGGAACUGAACGCACCUGUUCCCCCGAACCAGACUACCAUGGACUCAGAUGCUGGCAUCUUCCUCCGUCGUGAGGCGCCCAACGCUGCCGGCGAUGACGGCGAGAACGUCGACAUCAUGAUGCACUGCUACCAGAUUCCAUUCUGCUUGAACACCACAAGACUCGGCUACGACUCUCCCAUCGAUGCUUUCUGCAUGACCCCCAAUAUCCCCCGCCCCCGUUCUCGCGGUCGCAUCUACCUCACCUCCGCCGACCCCAACGUCAAGCCUGCACUCGACUUCCGCUAUUUCACCGACCCAGAGGGCUACGACGCCGCCACCAUCGUCGCAGGUCUCAAGGCCGCCCGUGAGAUCGCCAAGCAGGCUCCCUUCUCCAAGUGGCUCAAGCGCGAGGUUGCACCAGGACCCAAGGUCCAGACUGACGAGGAGCUGUCCGAGUAUGGCCGGCGCGUCGCCCACACCGUCUACCACCCUGCCGGAACCACGAAGAUGGGAGACGUCGCCAAAGACGAUCUCGCUGUCGUCGACCCCGAACUCAAGAUUCGCGGCCUCCAGGGCGUACGUAUCGCUGAUGCCGGUGUUUUCCCUGAGAUGCCCACCAUCAAUCCCAUGCUUACUGUCCUCGGUAUCGGUGAACGUGCUGCCGAGCUCAUCGCCCAGGAGUGGGGAUGGAAGGGUCUCCAGAAGGAGAGAUUGUAGACGUCAUCAUCAGAGUGCACUUCUUGUAUGAGGACAUCACAGAAGUGUGCGCCAUACGAUGGGCCGGAAAUGUACACACUCUGAAGAACGAAGUCACGAUCUACGAGCCAGAAACAUAAGAACACCGCCAGAUUGAUAAUCAAUUCUGGAAAGCCAGGGUUG